AUGACGGAACGUGGAAUCAUGAAGGGGAACUCGAUCCAUCGACGCCCACCUGACGAUCAGUUCAAACAUGAUCAGUUUGACUCGCUACGUGGCCUUCCUUGGAGGUUGCAAGAACGAGAACAUGGUGGACUGAGGAUCGCCCUUCCCGAUGUUGCAGCGCCUCGUGAAAGGCCUGCAGUGCAAGAAGUGAUCCCAAGGAACCUCUAUGUCACCAAGAAUGACUUGGAAAAGCAUGGGCACACACCUUUGUGUCCUGGAUGUGAAGCAGCAAUACUUGAGAUGCCAAGCCGAGCUCACAAUGCUGAGUGCAGACAAAGAAUCCAGAUCGAACUUGACAAGACUCCAGAAGGUCAAGAAAGGAUCAAAAGAGCGAGAGAGAGAGUUGCACAAGGCAGGCGCCCAAGAGGCGCGGCUGCACCGCCUGAGGGUGGUGGGGCAGAAGGUGGUGAAGCUGCACCACCAGUUGUCCCAGGAGGGGAAGUUGAACAACCAGUCUUGCAAGACCGUGUUCCUUUGGAUGCGGAAAUGGAUGCAAGUGAGGCUGUUGGUGAACCACUGGUCGACACCGAUUUUCGUGGAGAACUCAGACAGAGAGAACAAGAAAGAGAAGGAAGCCCAAAGAGGCAGAAACAAGAACAAUCCCGAGGAGAGAAAAGGAGUUCACAAGUCGACGUUGAAGAUCUUUACAAUGAAUCUUCAGCUCAGGCUUCAGGGUCAGCCGGACCACCGGCACCGGAUGCUUCAUCUGGUGUUCCGGAAGGUGCUGCCGCUGCACCAACAAGUCCUGAGACAAACCAGGAGAUGCUACAUCUGUGUUCCUUGCUCAAAGAUGUGAUCGCAAAAGGGAAGGUUGCUGAGAUCUUCUCUCCACCGCGUGUGGCUGCACAAGCCCAAGUGGUCGGGCUAGCACCUGGCUUCUCGAUUGACUUGGAGACAAAGCGUGGUGAUGGAACUCACUGGGACUUGAGUAAAGAUGAACACAUUCGUGAUCUGUUUCAACUGCUUGACUAUGAGAAACCAGAGUUCCUCGGCGGCUCACCUCCCUGUGGGCCAUUCUCGAAGCUGCAAAACAUUGUGGAUGCGAAGGGCAAUGUUUCACCUGAAGUUCGAGCGCAGAGACUAAAAGAUGGUCGCAAACAUCUGCGCACGGCAGUUUCAGCGUAUGAGCAUCAAAUGAAUGCUGGAAGGUACUUCUACCAUGAGCACCCUAAAGGGGCCGCUUCGUGGGAAGAGAGAGCUGUGAAGAGACUGAGGGCAGAUGAACGGGUGUAUGAGGAGGAGUUUUGGAAGCAGCUGCCCGACAGCGAUGACACCAUCGUGGAGCCAGUGCUUGACGCACACUCCGGUGCUGUCUUGGAUGUUGACAAGAAGUUUUCUGACACGAUCCACAUGUACGUGGACUCCGACUUCGCUGGGUGUCUUCUUACAAGGCGCUCAACAAGUGGACUUGUGGCAACCUUUGGCCGCCACACGGUGAAGGCCUCGAGCACUCUUCAGAGCACGAUCAGCUUGAGUUCCGGUGAAGCGGAAUACUACUCGAUCGUUCGAGGAGUUUCCAUCGGAAUGUCGCUACAGGAGAUCUUGCGAGGAUGGGGCCUACAACCAAAACUUAAAGUGCACACAGAUUCAUCCGCUGCGCUGGGAACAUGUAACCGUCAGGGCUUAGGCCGCUCACGGCAUGUUCAAACUCGCUUUCUGUGGGUGCAAGAAAAGCUUGCACUACAUGAAUUCGAACUGGUGAAGAUCCCGACAAAGCAGAACGUAGCUGAUUUGUGCACCAAAGGUUUACCUGCGAAUGAGAUGGAAAGACACAUGCAAAGCAUGGGGUUCGAGUACUCUCAUGGUAGAGCCGAAGCUGCAAAGGCUUUGGAAUGA